GUCACACAACUUAUAACUGCUUGUGAAAUUUGGUUACAGGUUUCGCGGCAUCACCGACAUCAACCACUGUCACAUCAGACAUGGUAACAACGUACGAAACUUCUCGAUCCGCUGGUAACAUCACAUGUACGGAGAGGAGUACAGAUCUACUACCUUAUACAGCUGACAUAACAACAUCAGCUGCCAGUAGUACUACGGUGGUAAAUCGUACCACCUCGACAUUACCGUCCGGGCAGUGCCUCUACCACAACGGUACGCCUACCAACAACGUCAUCACCUGUCGAACAUUCUGUAAGGUAAACAGUGAUCGCCUAACUGAUGUAAUGUUACAGCGCUGGUUGAUAAGUGUCGUAGAGGAUCUCACUCUCAACAAGAAACGUUUGUCCUCCUACAUACGUAAGCAUGUGAGCGCUGACAAUAAACAGCUCACGUCCAAAGCUCUGGGACUGUGUGGAGUUUGUCUGAUGCUAGCUUUCUUUUCUGUCAUUGUCCUUUCGGACGCCAUCAACCUCUGUCAGGGAAAAUACAGACUCGUCACGUCAAAGGCCGCCAUGGCUCGGUAUGCUGUCACCAAGACAAAGAAGGCAAAACCCACCACUAGGAGGCGCGCCAGGUGAUUUGAGUACAGGAUGUGUUGCAUUGAUCGCAAAAGUGGUUCGGAAAACUGACAAACGUCACUUCAUUUCAUAGUGACGUCAUCUGGGGCAUUCGGAAGGUUGCCACGUAAACCUUGUGCAAACUUAAAAUUAACGAUCGCGUUCCAACGAAAACUCUUUGAUGGAAUAUUUUAUUAUGUUGU